AACACAAUGGUGACUCACCACUGGAAGACUUCCUCAAGAAUGUACUGGAAAAAUGCCUCAGAAAUGAAAACGGGCGGCUGGACCUGUUUGUUCGCUUCCUUCACGGCCUCUACGUCAAUUCCAGCCAGAGACUCCUAAGGAGCCUACUGGGUUACACAGAAAGCAGUACAGAAACCAUCCAUAGAGUUAUCAACAACCUGAAGAAACAAAGAAUAUUAGCACCUCCAGACAGAAGCAUUAACAUUUUUCCACUGUCUAAUGGAGAUGAACGAUCUCUCAGUCUAUCAGGAGAUUCAAGAGUUCCUGAAGUCAGAAAACAGAUCUGAGUUCCUCUCAGAGAUCCACUGUUCAGCUCUGGCCUACAUGCUGCAGAUGUCAGAGGAGGUUCUGGAGAAGUUGGAUCUGACAAAGUACAGAACAUCAGUAGAGGGACGACAGAGACUUAUCCCAGCAGUGAGAAAUUGCAAAAAGGCUCAAUUUGCCGACUGUAAACUAUCAGAGACCCAUUGUGAAGUUGUGGCCUCAGCUCUGAAGUCCAACCCUUCUCAUCUUACAGAACUUGACCUGAGUGGGAACAAGCUAAAUUAUUCUGGAGUGGAGCAUUUGUGUGCUGGAUUUAGGAGUUUAAACUGCAAGCUUGAAAUACUGAGACUGGAGGACUGCGCGUUGCCAAAGAACAGCUGUAUUUCUCUGGUCUCAGCUCUGAAGUCUAACCCAUCUCAUCUCAAAGAACUACACUUAAAAGGGAAUGAAAGCAUGAAAGAUGCUGGAGUGAAGGAGCUCUGUGGGUUUCUAAAGAGUCCCCUGUGCAGACUAAAGAUUCUGAGAUUGCAGCGCUGCAGGUUGUCAGAGUUAGAUUCUGCUGCUCUGGUCUCAGCUUUGAAUUCUAACACCUCCCAUCUGAUAGAACUAGAUCUAAGUUGGAAUGAAGACAUAAAAGACACUGGAGUGAAGGAGCUCUGUAGUUUUCUAGAGAGUCCAGCCUGCAAACUAACAACACUGAGACUAUCUAACUGCAGUUUGACGGCGAUCAGCUGUGCAUCCCUGAUCUCAGCUCUGAAGGUAAAACCCUCCUGA